AGCAGAAGGGAGUGGAAGGGAGUACUUUUGGUGUGCCGUGGUGUUCUGUAUUCCCCUCAAAGGGAACGAAUUAAUGGAGCUCUGUGGACACUGUUUUCGUAAAUUUAUGCAAAGUCCAGUCAAAUGUUAUUCUCUUAUAUCGUGCAUCGACGAUAUGUUGACAAGCGGUCAGCUGUUUCCGGUCUAUGAAAAUACAGGUGUAGAGACCCACGAAAAACCUGGCUAAUUACAUUUAAUUAAAUAAAAGAUAGUUCGACUGAUGUGCCAGGGCAAAUAAGGAGUGUGUGAUGAGGUUUUAACACACAGCAAUUUUCCUCCGUUAAUUUUGUUUCGGUUGUCACGGAUAAUGUUGAAGGAAGAGUUUGAAACAGAUACGCCGAGAAAUGCUGAUCACUCGCACAUGAGUACAUCGGACUCAGGAAGUAACGACGUGGCCAAGGAGUCGAAUCAGAGGCUCGCGGUGGAAGACCGUUUGACCAGCAAGAUGUUUUCGUAUGCCAGAGAGAUCUGCUUUUUCCUUGCGGUCACUUUUACCGCCCUGACUGCACUUCAUAGUUCACCUCCCAAGAUAUCAAAGCCUCCAUCAGCUAAGCCAUUUUUUAAUCAAAGUUCAAUAGUCUUGGAUUUUUAUAAAGGUCAUCUAGGGGCUAUGAUAGAAAGAGUCUCUGAAGCAGAUUUUAGCUUUGUUAUGUACUAUGCACCCUGGGAUGCAGAGAGUCAGGCAGUGCGUCCCGAAUUUGAAAAUGUUGCUCAAUACUACCGUACACAGAUAUUUUUUGCUGCUAUUAAUUGUUGGCAUCCAAACUCAGAGUGUAGGGCUCAUUAUAACAAAAUUCAAAGUUAUCCAGUAUUAAUGCUAUAUCCAUCGAGAGACUCUGGCAUACAAUACAGGGGUAUUCAUACCCUGCCAUAUAUGAUUCGUUUCCUUAAUGCAGUCAUGAAUCCAAUUGUUAGAAUAACUCAUACAGAACAAUUGAUAGAUUUAUUUGUGAAUUAUGAUGCUGUAGUGGUAGGUUAUUUUAAUUUCACACGAUUGGAUAGAACUCCUGGUUAUAGAGAAUUUUAUAAGGCUGCUAUACGUGCACUAGAAAAAGAUCCUAAUAGAGAACUGGUGUUUGCUAUUGUCACGAGUGCAUUAUCGAGCGAAAGAGACCAUAAUAUUUAUAAAUUUCCAUCUGCAAAUUUACUCAUGUGGAAUGAAUCUCUGAGGUAUCCAGAAGACACUGAAUGGACUUCCGAAAACAUAUUAAAUUGGAUUAGCAGCUCCAUUCACCUACCAGCACUAUGGCUGCAGCCCCCUGGAGUAAAAGCGCUAACAUUAGCACCAUAUUUGAAGGAAGGACCUGUACUUUUCCUCUUCACACCUCGUAAUCCUUUACACCUUGAAAAUUACAAUUACAAUCUGAUUAGAGAAAUUGGACUACAAGAUUAUAUCUGUGUAGAUAAUCUUAUGACUAAAAAUAUAAUUCAACAUCUCAGUCUUAAUCGUCGCACAGCUAUUGCUAGGCAUUUCGAAAAAAAUAGACAAUGUAUUAAACUCUUAAAGGAAAACAAAAAUCAGUUAAACGAAUCGACCGUCAAUGUGUUCAUUCAACAGUGGAUUAACGAUAGUUGCUGUGCUAAUAUUGUCAUGAAUAAAUGUUCUCUAUGUAAAAAAUUUGGAUUAAGCAAUGUAGAAAGAGAAGCGUCUGUUUGUAAACUUGACUCUGAUAAUCUCAACCCUGUAUGCAGAGGUGUAGAUAUUUUUAAAAUUUCCACCAUGGAAGAUUUGCAAGAGAAAUAUGAUGUCUGUUGUAACAAGGAUCGUGUAACAAUAAAAUUACAACAAGGAUUCAAAUCUAAAAGCCAGAGAUACAAGACAUCGUUAUUUACAGCGAACAAAGACGAUGCGCGUUCUGCAAACGCAAUAAAGCAAGCAUAUUUAAAACAAGAUUGUAGAAGAUGGAUAACUGGAAACAAGUAUCAUCAACCUAUAUUUCCACGCGACUCUCCUGAACAUCCGAACAUAACCCUAACGGAGUCACUAUGCAAAAUGAAUAAAACAUUGGCACUGAUAGCAAUCGAUAGUUUACAUUUUUUUCAUUUCGCAGAGAGUCUUGGAAUAGAUAUUCUGAAAAAGAAAGAUAAAACUGCUGUUGUUAUACUAGAUGCUGCUCGCGAGAGUCAAUAUGUUAUGCAAGAAGAUUUUAAUCGAUAUGCACUUAUACAAUUUAUAAAUAAUUAUACCGAAGGUUUCUUACAACGUACGCUACGUUCCAAUAACUCUAAGCGUUUUGGACAAAAGUUUAAGAGCAAAACUAAUUGCGAAACGAAGAAUUUACAGUAUAUAUGUAUACCGGAAUUAAUAACUGAGACUUUUUUAGAUACUGUUUUAGAUCCGACAAAGGAUGUGGUUGUAAUGUACUACUCUCCUUUUUGUGCAUUUUGUAGUGCGAUUUCUUAUGUAUACUUAACAGUAGCUCAUUACUUGCGCGAAAUGGAUCAUCUCUUAUUUGUAAGAGUCGACGGUGAUAACAAUGAUUUACCGUGGGAAUAUAACAUGAAUCGAUUCCCAUCCAUUCUCUUUUUUCCUGCUAAAAGAAAAGAAGAUAGCACGGUGUAUCCGUUUCCUCUACCAAUUACCAUUCCCAACCUCAUUAACUUCGUUUUAGCGAAUUUAGACGGAGAUUCGCAUGUCGAAGCACUUAUAAAUAUUUGUCAAUCUGAAGCCGGUGAACAACCGGAUACAUGUAUUGUUCGAACACGUUGGCUGUGUUUAGAUAUCAUUCAACAACUACUUAGAGAUUAUCGAAAGUUAAUAAGACAUACAAACAUGUUAGGAAAACAAAAUGCUAGGUACAAGAGAAAUAUCAUUUUACUGAAGCUGGCACAUAUUAAAGACAUCCACUUAAUAUUAAGUUCCACUACUGAUCUCAGAAAGGAUCAACACAAAGUAAAACUGAUCAGAAAAAAAUAUAGGAAAUAUUAUAAAAGUAUUAGAUUAAUAGAAUUAGAUAGUAAAAUGAAUAGCACUCAACCAGAAAAUGCUAUUCAACAAAACAAUGCUUUUGAAAGAAAAUCAAUUAAAAGCGAAUUGUGAUAUCAAUUUAAUAAUAUAUAUUUUCUGAUAAAUAUUAUUUUAUCUAAGUUCUUUUACGACCUGAUAAUAAGUGUACAUAUACCUCACGAAACUGUUUAUUCUACAAAAGCAAAAUGUGUCUACUUGAACUCUGUACAUCUCGUGCAAAUGAAUACGACAGUAUAUUUAGAUGAUUUUAUGUUGCUUUUGUGGGUAUAUAUGGGAAGAAGAUAUUCAUUUUUUUUACAAUUUCAGAACAAAACAUUCCCUCCUAAUACUGAAAUUGAAUAUUUAAGUACAUCUACGUCAGGGAAGAGUUUCAAUUUUUUAUAAAAUAAAUUAUUUUAGAGUACUAAAUUUAAAUAAUUAAAGUGAAUAUUAAUUAUUAAUAAAUUUGUAACAUCUGAAUGACUGUAAGUGAAAAAAAGAUGAAUCUCAAUUAUAGAACAAUGCAAAAAUUUGUAUGGAUUAAAUUGCAUAUGGUGUAUGCAAUUUUUACUAUAUACUUGUAAAAUACACAUGAUAGCAAACAAGGUUUUAAGUCUUGUUUCGUUUGAACAAAUUUUGCAAAAUUUUUCGCGAGAGAUAGAUAUUUAUAGCUACUAUCCUCACAGAGAUAGUAAUUCGUUGAUAAUACUAUUUUUUUCAGUGCAUCAUAGUUAUGUGCAGGGAGUGUACAUGCGAUAGAAUUACUCAUCACUGAUUAAUAUUCAUGAUGUUUAAUGCUAGAAUAAAGAAAUGAAACUCGUACUGUCACAGACUUACGGUAACAAGAAAUGGCAUAUGCAAUAAGCCUUAAUUGUUACAACUUGUUUUCUAAAGAGUAAAAUUCGAUGAAAAUCUUGUAAACUAUAGCUCUCUAACAUAAGAUAAUUAUUAAAUUCUUUUGUGCUCUACCUUUGCCUGAUGUGCUAUGUGAUUCGAGCAUACAUUUACUAAAAUAUGUGUUACUUGUACAUUUGUGUAAAUAUUGUUAUUCACUGUAAUAAUAAAAGCUAUAUGUUGAUAUAUAAAAA